AAACCCCCUCACAACACCGUCAAAAUGGGUCGCGUUCGUACCAAGACCGUUAAGAAGUCCGCCAAGGUCAUCAUUGAGCGGUACUACCCCAAGCUCACCCUGGACUUCGAGACCAACAAGAGGAUCUGCGAUGAGAUUGCCAUCAUUGCUUCCAAGCGUCUGCGCAACAAGAUUGCCGGCUACACCACCCACUUGAUGAAGCGUAUCCAGCAGGGUCCCGUCCGUGGUAUCUCCUUCAAGCUGCAGGAGGAGGAGCGUGAGCGCAAGGAUCAGUACGUUCCUGAGGUCUCUGCUCUCGACUUCACCCAGACCACCGAGUCUGGCCAGCUUGAGGUCGACCAGGACACCAAGGCUCUGCUCAAGCACCUUGGUUUUGACUCCGUCCCCGUCACCGUCAACCAGGUUCACCAGGCCCAGCCUCAGGAGCGUGGUGGCCGCCGCUUCGGCGACCGUCCUCCCCGUCGCGACUAAGCGCUCUCGACGAUAUCGACCCGGACACGACUCGUGCGGCGGUGUUGAGGAUAACUACAAGAAAAAGUCUACAAAAUGCAUGAGGGAAUUUGAUACGGAUACCAGGCUUGGUUUUGGGAAAUAUAGGGUUGUGGCGUCUCUGGCGUCUGCGGCAUAUCUACUGCUGCCAACAUGGAAGGUAGUGAGCUUUACCAGCUAGAUCCAAUGCAGAUCUCGUGCUCCU